ACGUGUCGCUACAUUAAAAAAAAAACCAAUUGAAAUAGUCCUAUUUUGUGGCGGAAAAUUAACCUAAUUGUAAUGGAAGGAAAAAUAUAUCCGAAUAUACCUCCAAAUCCGGACAACCUUCCACCACAAUAUGGAACGCCGUACCCUCCCCAGCAGUAUCCAUCAGCGCCAGUCCAUACGGGCCCGGGUGAAGUCAUUGUCCAGAACGUAGUUUCACCUGUAGUGGUCAGCCGGCCUGUUGGGCCAAAACCUUCCCGUACCACGUGUCCGUCAUGUAGAGCAGAAGUCGUCACCAGCGUCAAAUAUGCUCCCACAACAAAAACUCACUUGAUAGCAAUACUUCUUUGUAUCUUCGGGUGUUGGUGCUGCGUUUGCAUCCCGUAUUGCACUGAUUCCUGUCGGAAUGCAGACCACUAUUGUCCUAAUUGUAACUCGUUUAUCGGAGCGUACUCUUCCUAGUCGUGUGCUUUAUUCUAGCGUGGACCAUAAACGAGUAUAUAAAAUUUAAGUUGACUCUUCUAUGGUUGAAUCUAGUCACAAAAAUUUGGACUUACUCGGUCCGCUUUUUUAAAGUUACUUGGGUAUAUCAAGUUCUUAGAUUUUCGCGAUUGUUAGACAUAGGAAAUGAAACUAUUUUUCAGGAUUUAAAUCGCGUAUAUUUGUUUUUUCAAACAAAGCAACGUUUCGGGCCCUUUACAGGUCCCAUGGUCACGGUUGAGGUGGUACAGUCAUCAACUAGUAUAUCUAAUGCAAACGAUCAUAUUUUUUCUAUAUUUGCAAACGUCAUUAAUUAAAUACCGUAUUUUUAAUUCGCAAAGAACAUUCCAAUUUACGCUAUAUA